UACCUUCACUGAAUGUUCUCGUCAAGGUAACUUAUUCAGGUGCUGUUCCUUGAGGUCGCAUUGCAUCGACGAAUUGACCUGGGUCCGACGAUGCCGCCUUGGAAGGGGCCAAGAAGAGGAGGUAACGCGCAAUCGGCAUGAACGGACCAACCGGCCGGGCCAUUUCUCGCAUCACCUAUUAUUAUAUAAUAUCAUCAGGUUUCAGUAUCAGUACACACCAUGGAUGAAGAAAACGAUAGCUCUACGAAGAGCAUCACAAUAGAAAUGAAAGUAUACAUGCAUUGUGAUGCUUGCGAAAGAAAAGUGCGCCGUACCAUCAGCAAAGUCGAAGGCGUCGAGACGGUGGAGGUGGACAGGGAAGAGAACAAGGUCACGGUGACAGGAGAUUUCGAGCCUGAGAAGGUGGUGAGGAAGAUCAAGAAGAAGACUGGGAAGAAGGCGGAGAUCUUGCCCCCCGAGGAAGACGAGGAGGAGGAAGGCAAGGGAGAAGAAACUUACGUUCCUUACGCUUACGGUGAACCAUUGUUCUACCCUGACGAUGCAGAUGUUCCCGAUGAGUUUCAGAGCUAUAGGUCGGAAAGAUGGAACUUCCAUUACUUUGAUGACGAGAACGCACAAGCGUGUAUGGUAAUGUAGGUGUCAAUCGAUAUAUAUGCCUUAUGUAAAUUGUUUAAUAUAAAGACGAAUCAAAAGACACAUAAUUGGCCUAUUA